UUUUUUCCUGACAAGUAUAUAUGGCUUCUGUGUUUACUGUUAGCUAGUCAGAGCUCUUUCUUACCUAAAAGUCAAGAUGUUCCGGGAAUCUGUCAGUCCUUUUCGUUCGCAUUAACUUAUACUUAACACAUAUAUAGGUAUAACAAAGAAUCGAUAAACUAUUUCAAGAUUGAUUUUCAUCAUCACUUUUUUCCGUCUACUGUAAAAGAAGAGGGCGCUUCAUCUGUAACUCCUGCUGAAGGUCAUCUUGAAGUUCAGUGAAGGUCCACGUCAAAGGGGGCAGCCAUGGUGUUGAUUCUGGGCAGAAGGAUGAUCAGAGAGGAGUCUGAGAUAAGAGACUCGCCGGCUGUCAAACGCAAGGUCUUUGAAGUUGACCCCAAAACGUUAGCCAGCCAGGACUUCUUGGACUUCUGUUCCGGCUCAUCCCACUCGGACGGCAUCCUGCAGGUGUUCAAUGAGUUUCGCGACUGCCGCCUGUUCACCGAUGUUGUCAUCAGCGUGCAGGGCCGGGAGUUCCCGUGCCAUCGCGCCGUGCUCUCCGCCUGCUCCUCCUACUUCCGAGCCAUGUUCUGCAACGACCACCGCGAGAGCCGCGAGAUGCUGGUGGAGAUCAACGGCAUCCUGGCCGAGGCGAUGGACUCCUUCCUCGCCUACGUCUACACCGGCCGCGCCAAGAUCACCACGGACAACGUCCAGUUCCUUCUUGAGACCUCCAGCCUCUUCCAGAUCUACACGCUGCGCGACGCUUGCGCCAAGUUCCUGGAGGACCAGCUGGACCCGUGCAACUGCCUGGGCAUCCAGCACUUCGCCGACACGCACGCCCUGAAGCAACUAGCCGGCCGCUGCCGCAGUUACGUGCUGGCCAACUUCUCCGAGGUGGCUCAGCAUGAAGAGUUCCUCGGCCUGCGCAAGGAAGAGCUGGAGGAGUACACCGGCAGCGACGAGCUGGCCAUCGGGAAGGAGGAGGUGGUGUUUGAGGCGGUGAUGAGAUGGGUGUACCACAACGUGGAGCAAAGAAAGCCCAUGCUCAAGGCCCUGCUGCAAAAUGUGCGCCUGCCCCUUUUGCACCCCAACUACUUCGUCCAGACGGUGGAGGGAGACCAGCUCAUCCAGAAUGCCCCCGAGUGCUACCUGCUUCUCCACGAGGCGAGACGCUACCACGUGCUGGGGAAUGAAAUGAUGUCACCUAGAACUCGUCCACGCAGGUCGACUGGCUACUCCGAGGUGAUUGUGGUGGUGGGGGGUUGUGAGAGAUUGGGGGGCUUCAACCUGCCAUACACUGAAUGCUAUGAACCAGUCACGGGAGAGUGGAAAUCGCUGGCCAAACUACCCGAGUUCACCAAGUCGGAGUAUGCCGUCUGCGCCCUCCGCAACGACAUUCUGGUGUCAGGUGGCCGUAUCAACAGCAGAGACGUGUGGAUGUAUAACUCCCAGCUCAACCUGUGGAUCAGGGUGGCUUCUCUUAACAAAGGCCGCUGGAGACACAAGAUGGGCAUCCUUCUGGGGAAGGUCUACGCCGUCGGCGGCUAUGAUGGGCACAGCCGCCUGAGUAGUGUGGAGUGCUACGACUCCUUCUCCAACCGCUGGACCGAGGUGGCCCCCAUGAUGGAGGCAGUGAGCUCUCCGGCUGUGGCCAGCUGUGCUGGCAAGCUCUUUGUCAUUGGAGGAGGGCCCGACGACGACACCUGUUCAGACAAGGUUCAGUGCUACGACCCGGAGACGGACUCCUGGUUGUUGCGGGCCAACAUCCCCAUCGCCAAGCGCUGCAUCACCGCGGUGUCCCUCAACAACCUGAUCUACGUGUCCGGCGGUCUCACCAAGUCCAUAUUCUGCUACGACCCCGUGGAGGACUACUGGAUGCACGUGGUCCACACCUUUAGCAAACAGGAGAGCUGCGGCAUGUCGGUGUGCAACGGCAAGAUUUUCAUCCUGGGCGGCAGAGGGGAAACCGGCGAGGCAACAGACAACAUCCUGUGCUACGACCCGUCGACCGGCAUCAUCACCGGCGUGGCGGCCAUGCCGCGGCCCAUCUCUUACCACGGCUGUGUCACCAUCCACCGCUACAAUGACAAACACAACAAGCGCUGAGCUUUGAGCAGGCACGCGGACACGCACGCACGCACACGCACACUCAAAAACUUGCAUGCACGACACAAUUCCACCCGUCUUUAUAACAGGCGUGUUAAGUUGCUCAGUUCACAGCCGCUGAGCUCAUUUACUGUCUCACAGCGUCACGUAGCAACACUCGUUGUGGUGCUGUGAAUCAUUUGCAGUUGUGUACCACAGUUAUUGCCCUUCUGUGGAAAUGUGGUUUAUAACGGCUUUAGCCUGAGCUCAAUUGGCGUCAGAUCCAAGUGGCACAUUGGCUUUGCAUGAGCAGUAAUGGCACAAGUUGGGAAGUAAAUAAACUAAUUAUGAUAAUGGUAAACUAAAGGAAAGAUAAGAAUAUAAAAGCUGAAAUUGUCACUGGAGUAUGAAUAGAUUAGAGAUUGAUGGACUGUCCUUGACAUUAGGAUCACUUAUCUGUGGAAAAAAUAUUUUAAACUCCUGUUUCAACGGCAAUAUUUUACCACAUAAACUCAAUUAUUGAUACACAAAUCAAUAUUUAGGAAAGUUUCUAUCUGACAAUUAGUUAAUUGUUUUUUCCCUAACUCCAUUUAAAUCAAUUGAUGUAAUACGACCUGGAAGUGCAGAACUCUUAAUACCAUUAUCACGUUUUAAUAAUUAAUUUUAUUAUUAUAGUGAUUACAAGUGAUUUUUAAUUGAACUUGUGCUUUUAUUACUGUGCAAAGUCACUCCACACUUGAAUCCGGGUUACUGAUGAGCUGAAAUUAAUUCGGAUAGUGCUGAUGAACAAAAAAUUUGCCAUAGGACCAAAAAGCAUUAAAAAAAAUGGUACAACAAUGAAACAUGAAUUACUUGCAUACAGAAGAAUAAUUGUAUGAAUCUGUUUUUCACUGGCAAACGAGUGGCCAGGCGAGAAAUAACCAUUGAAGCAAUGCACUCCAUGCUGAUAUUUACACACGGCACUUAAAGCGCUUGACUCCCGUUUUUUAAACUAUUUUCCUCAAAAGUGACCUGAUCAAAAUGUGGGAAACAGUCAGACAGUUGUUCUUUGACAGAACCAGUGGUUGUUGAUGUCACCCGUUGACCUUGAGCAGGGCAAAGAGAGGAGAUAACGAGCGGAGGCUUCAUCCUAAUAUUGGAUUAUAGCCUUUUUGCCCUGCCCCUGUUUACUUUUUGCCAUAUCACAUCUCAUAUCACCUUAUUAGUUUCCUAUUUAGCUUUAUCUUUGAUCCACUGAAUUAUUAUUAUUAAGCACAUUUUUUAUUGCUGACCUUUUUAUUAAGUUAUAUUUGUGUCUUUUUUACAUCUGGAUGUUUACUGUAUUGUACUUAGCUUUAGUGUCUAUUUAAAAUCAAUGUUGGAUUGUUUGUAUUCUGAGAUUUGUGGCUGGUGUUAUAGAUUUGAGAAGCCUUUUUGGAACAAACUCAAAGACUGCUCAGAAUAAGCGGUGUGCGUGUAUUGUAUGCAUGUGUGUGACUUUCAGCACUCGGUCUGGAUGUAGGAGCUUUGCACCAACAUCUGUUAACUCAAGUUUUCACACAGAUGUGUGGCACAUCUCGCCGGUGCACUUACGUGUAAAGGUGUAACUCGGGGUACCAUAGUUACCUCCACAUGUGCAUCUGUGUGUUUACUGGUCCGCUAAGGUGGUGUGUACAGCACGUCUACACCUCGGACAUAAAAAGUACUUUGGUUGACGUGGCUCAUGGUCAGUAAAAGUCACAUUUUACUACAGUAGAUGGGGGAUAUUGCUGUGAAUAUAACAUUUAAUGUUUUCUUUGUUAAACGUGUAUUUAAAUGCCUCUUUUUUGUGUAAUUUGAAUCUGUAAAAUGGUAUGGUGUGAUCCUUUUUUUUUUUUUUACUGUAUCAGUAAAUAUUCUUUGCUUUCAUGUGACAUAUGGAAGGACCUGACAGGUCUCCCUGUUGGCCUAUACCUGCUAUGAUUGUCCAGAAAAAACUAUGGAAAGAAAAAAAUGUUGAAUGGGAGUGAGAGAAAUCAAAAAAGGGUGAGAUCCAUGCGUUUCUACCUUUGUUGCUGACGGUGUACCUUGUAUAGUGCAAAGCAUGAGAACACACUGACAGCCCAGGGAUUUUGGCUUAAACCCUCCCCCAUGCAUUUUGGUUCUUGGUCUGAACUUUAACCCGAAGCACAGACUGUGAAAAAAUAUACUCAGACCUGUCUAGUGUUCACUCAGGAUCCCAAAAAGAGAAGGCAAGGGGGCAAGAAUGUGGUAAAGCAAAAGAGUGAGAUCAAUAGUGACGAGAGAGAGAAGUUGAGUGUGUGUGUGUGUGUGUGUGUGUGUCUGUGAUUUUCUGUAUUUACACAUAACAUGUUAUGCUGAUUUCAAGAUUUUUAUUAUUAGCUAUGUAGAAGACUUCAUAAACUGUUUGCUUUGAUAAGAUUAUUCAUUGUUUUUUGCCGUCAAGUUUUUUUUUUUUUACCCGUGUGCUGAGUUCUAGGAUUCUUUGUAAUUUCCCCUCGCAUGAUCGGAAAUGCUGAGCAUUAAAAGUUAAUCGAUUGGAUUUUUAAGUGAAUGCAGAUUUAAACCAUGGUGGAUUUCAUUCAAAGGGGACUUUGUUAAAUGUCAAUGGGUGUUUUGCAUUUGUGUGCGAGACGGAGGGCUUAAAUGUGUUUUUUGCAGAAUGCUGCCAUAUGUGCCUAAAUAUAAGAAAAUGGGAUGGGGAAUCAAAUUGUACCAUUUUAAUAACAACGUUUCUCAUUGUAUGUAUGAUUUGAUAUAUUAACACACCUUUCUCCUUGGACGCUAUUCUUCUAACUGUGAGAAAGCUUUAAACUGUUUGUUAAAUGCAGAAUAUGGGCUGUGGUUGAACUUUGUAAGAGGAACAUCAAUAAAGUUUUCUUUCCAUACAUA